AUGGUCGCGGUCGAUGCCGGCACCCUUCUCGCCGGUAUCAUCCGAACUCUAGAGCAGUACGAAAUGGAAACUAAGGACAACAAACGAUACAUGAAAGAUGGCCCAUUUGUCGGUCUUAAUUUACCAUAUAAGUCUCCCCAAGCAAAUGCAGCACACAUUUUUCGAGAAAUCAUCGGCACAAUCCUUGUCACGCAUGCGCAUCUGGAUCACUUGUCUGGUUUGGCGAUCAACACGCCGAUUAUCGAAGCCGGGGCUGGGCCUAAAGCGGUCGCUGCCUUGCCUUCGGUAGUUGCUGCUAUCAAAAACCACAUGUUUAACGAUGUGAUCUGGCCUAACCUGUCUGACGAGGAUGGUGGAGCGGGCUUGCUCACAUAUCAACGCUUGGUUGAAGGAGGGAAUCCAAGAUUUGGCCGCGGAGAUGCAAGAGGUUAUGUUCGUGCGGCUGAUGGUCUAUUGACAAGAUGUCUCAGUAUUAGCCAUGGUCGUUGUAAGAAGCGAUACAAUUCCGAGUCCGAGUCGCAUCACCGCGUGGGCAGCGCGGUGUUUGCGGCAGAUCCAUUAAUGCUACCUCCUAGAGGUAUUUCUGCUGAUCACACGGAUGGGUUCUACUCUCCAGCCCGUUCCCCCCGUCUCUUCGGAAAAGACCCAACCUGGGCAACAGUCGAGAGCUCCGCAUUCUUCAUCCGAGACCAAUCUAACGGCAACGAAAUUAUCGUCUUCGGUGACAUCGAACCAGAUUCCAUCUCAAUGGACCCCCGCAACAGACGCGUGUGGGAAGUCGCAGCACCAAAAAUGGCCACAGGCAAUCUACGCGCAAUCUUCAUCGAAUGCUCCUACGAUGACUCUGUUGAAGACUGUACCCUCUACGGCCACCUCUGCCCACGCCAUCUGGUCGCAGAACUCAAAGUUCUAGCCACGAAAGUAACAGAAAUCCGCCACCCGAACACAUCAUCAAAACGCAAACGCACAGCCAGCAGCCCAGGCGGCGUAAGCCCUCGCUCCAAACGCGCCCAAAGCUUCGCAGUUGGGAAAGCACAAAACCGCAGAUCAGAACCAUACCCAUGCCUUCCGCAAUCAAACAGCGGUCGCCAGACAAGAGUCAACUCGGGUGAGAUCUGGGGAGACCUCGUCCCCAUCCCUGAGACUAACGGACAGCCGAUAUCGCCGGCUCUCAAUACCCCCAUAUUCGACGGCGUCGACGGGAACCCUACAAGUGAGCCGAUGCAGGUCCAGUUCUCAAUUGACCAGAAUCCACCGGAUGAUGAGAAUCUGCCAUGGGCAGGAUCAGAGGCGCCUCCGUUGGCGGGUCUAUCUGUGUAUAUCAUUCAUAUUAAAGAAGAUUUGACAGAUGGCCCGCCUCCAGGGGAUCGGAUUUUGCAGGAACUUAGGAACCGUGGGGAGGCCGCGAAGUUAGGGUGUGAUUUUCAUGUUCCGAAACGGGGGGAGGGGAUAUGGAUAUGA